GCUUCCGGGAGUCUACGUCGGGAGAAGAAUAUUCACGCGGCGACUUUCGGAAGGCGGCACGUAGCGGAGCUCGCCGAGAUGGCUCUGGCCGACGGCGGCGACGGCGGCAGAGAGGUCCAUGUGGUGGAAGUGAACGACGAGGAGGAGGCGGCCGACGAGAUCUCCCCCCUUCUCGUGGUGGAGGCCGCAGACAAGCCCACCAAGAUGACCAUCUUCUCCGUCUCGUAUCCCAAGAAGCGUCCCCUAAAGGAGCCAACAUUAAGAGCAGCUGAGACAGACUCUGCUUUUCUUAGUCAGAUUAUUUUGUGGGUAUGGAAUGGGUCUAGAUACUCUGGUUUCUUAUGCAUGGCUUGUUCUUCAACCAUCUAUUACAUCAUGGAUGUUUUAGUGGACAUUUUUCAAGGACCGGACAUCCAAUCUCUGUACCAACAAAUUUAAGGAAUAUACUAGCAUUGAGAUCGCUAACUGGGUUUACCUCAUUGCUGAGCUUCAUCUAUAGUGUCCAAAAUCUACCUCUGUCAUAUGCAGUUUUGUUAAACUUUGCAACCCCGAUCAUAGCCUUAAUUGGAGCAAAGAUUGUGUUACGCGAGAAAUUGGCUCUUUCAGAUUUUGGAGGUGUAGGGUGCAGUUUCAUGGGUCUACUGUUCAUUUUCCAGCCUUUGCUUACUAAAGGAGGAGGUUCGACUGAAACUGGUCAGACAAGUGAUGCUCUCUUUUCUGAAGGAACUCAUAUUUAUCCGAUACUAGUUGGUAUCCUAUCAACAGUGUUGGGUGGAGUUAGCUACUGCCUCAUACGAGCUGGUGCCAAGGCAUCUGAUCAACCUGCGUAUACAGUUUUUUCAUUUGGGGUACUUGCUUGUCCUCUCUCAGCAGCAUGCACUUUUGCAUUUCAGGGAUUCGUACUACCUAAUCCAUUCACUUUUCUUCUAAUGGUCAUAUUAGGUGUCCUGGCAUUCUUUGCAGAGAUGUUUUUGGCACGUGGACUUCAGCUUGAAAAAAUUGGAAAAGCCACAAACAUUCUAUACAUAAAGGUAUUUCUGUCACAAGUGUGGAGCAUGACAUUCUUGGGUACAACUCGGUCAUUUAAUAUACUUAUAGGAUGUUUUCUUAUUUUAGCAUCAGUUUGUAGCACUAUAUAUCUUGGACCUGAGAAAGAAAAUGAAUGAUGCUUGUUUUGGAAAUCUAGGAAUCCAGUUACUCUUUUUGUAACUCACUGUUCUUUUCCAUAGUAAACUUCAGCUGCUUUUUAACUAAUCAAAAUCUUUAUGGCAUCUCAAA